AACAAAAAAAAUCUCCCCCACACAAAGUCCAGAUCCGAUCUACAUCUCCACAUCUACGUCUCUUCUCUUCUUCUUCACUCUACGGAUCUGUUGUUCUUUCGCUGGAAUAGAAACUGAAACAAAGCGCUAAGAGUGGGAGAUUGAGUCGGAGCAACAGAGUCGCUAAGAGUCGCUAAGAUGGAUGAAGAGGAAGCUGAGAGGCGGAUUUAUCGGCAACGUCACCGUGGAGGAGAAUCGACUUGGGAACGGAGAAGCAGUGACGCUGAAACUCCGGCAAAACUCGAGAUUUGGUCGUUGAAGCGAAACAACGAGUGAGAGAGAGAGAUGAAUGAUAGAGGAGGCUGGUUCGUAGCAGUGAGCGAAUUUCUCAUUGCUCUAGAACGAGGAAGUGUUUUCAUUCUUCCUCUAGUAAAUUUCAUCACUCUCCUUUUUGAGCUUUGAAUUUUUUUUUUGUGAGGAAGACUUUGAAAUUACAACUAUUGAGCUUUUGUAAUUUUUUGAGCUUUAGGUUCUUAAGUGGUGGUUUUACUGGUUCUUCAAAUAAUGCAGCUUGAAUUUUGAAUGACAGUUGAGUCAAGAAACCAAAGAUGGCGAUGUUCCUCAGAAAAUAUUAGUUAUCAACAAAUAACCCCGUAGUCCAAGAGGCAGCAAAGUGUUGGUUUAAGCUUGAGAAGCAAACCGACAGUUACUUGAACCGCAAGACAACGGUUUAAUGAAGUGAUAAGAUUAGAUCUUUUAGGAGUUAUCUAUAAGAUUCAAUGUAAUCCUAGUCGAGAUAUGAUUAGGGUUUGAGACUUUACUAUAUAAGCAUAUAUCGGGUUGUGAUAUAGCUUGUGAGAAUUGAGAGAGAUUAAGGAGAACUUUAGUUUGAGUUAGUUCUAAAGUUAAUAAAGAAAAGUGUUUUCUUAACUCCUUGUUCAUACUAUUCAAUUCUAGAUUUGGUAUCAGAGCUUUUAGCUUUGUUUCUCGAAUUUAAGAAAGAACGAAGAUCAUACGAGACAUGAGUGAAUUGGCUACGACGGGGAACAAGCUGGUGGAAGGAGGGUCAUCAUCCAUAAAAUGUCCAAUGCUAAAUAAUUCUAACUAUACUGUUUGGACCAUGAGGAUGAAGGCUACUCUCCGAGUGCAUAAGGCGUGGGAGACAAUCGAUCCUGGUUCUACUGAUAUAGAUAAAAACGAUUUGGCUCGUGCUCUAUUGUUCCAAUCUAUACCAGAGUCCAUGAUUUUACAAGUUGGAGAACACGAAACCGCAAAAGGUGUCUGGGAUGCCAUCAAAGCUAGAAACCUUGGUGCUGAGCGAGUGAAAGAAGCAAAGGUUACAGACGCUUAUGAAUGAGUUUGACAGAUUGAAGAUGAAGGACAGUGACACCAUCGACGAUUUUGCAGGGAGAAUCUCUGAAAUUUCUACAAAAGCAGCAUCUUUAGGAGAAAAUAUUGAAGAAACAAAGGUUGUUAAGAAGUUUCUCAAGAGCUUACCUAGGAAGAAAUACAUCCAUAUAAUCGCAGCCCUAGAGCAAGUCCUUGAUCUCAAAACAACAACCUUUGAAGAUAUUGUAGGAAGACUCAAAACAUACGAAGACAGAGUAUGUGAUGAAGAAGAAGAUUCACAGGAAGACCAAGGCAAACUCAUGUAUGUUAGCUCGGAGUCACAAGAUGGAGGUAGAGGAAGAGGCCGCGGACGUUUUGGAAGAGGCCGAGGAAGAUUUGGAUAUCAACAAAGAGAGUAUGUUCAAAGAGACAAGUCCAAAGUGACUUGUUACCGAUGUGACAAAACAGGGCACUAUGCCUCUAAUUGUCCGGAUAGACUUUUAAAGUUGAUCAAAUUCCAAGAAACACAAGAGAAAGAGGAAGAUGAUACUCAAGACGCAGAAUCUCUUAUGAUGCACGAGGUAGUGUACUUGAAUGAGAACAGCGUGAUGCCAAAAACGUUUGAAACAUGUUCUGAGAAAACUUGGUAGCUCGACAAUGGGGCGAGUAAUAACAUGACGGGACAGCGAGCUUGGUUCUACAAGAUGAAUGAGAUGGUCACGGGAAGAGUAAGGUUCGGAGAUGAUUCGUGCAUUGACAUAAAGGGAAAGGGCUCAAUUCUCUUCUUGACAAAAACUGGUGAAAGAAAGGUCCUAGAAGAUGUGUACUAUAUACCAGAUCUCAAAAGUAAUAUCAUAAGUCUAGGACAAGCCACUGAGUCAGGAUGUGACGUUAGACUGAAAGAAGAUUACCUCACUCUACAUGACCGAGAUGGAAAUCUAUUAGUGAAAGCUACACGAUCAAGAAAUCGCUUGUACAAGGUAAUCUUAGAGGUUGAAGAAACAAACUGCUUGCAGCUUAUAACAUCGAGCGACUCAAACAAAUGGCACGCCCGACUUGGACACAUUAAUCUUGAGACACUUAAAACAAUGGUUGCAAACGAGAUGGUUAAAGGAAUACCGGCUGCUCCCAAAGAAAAAGAAACAUGCUCAUCUUGCUUACUUGGAAAACAAACAAGGAAAACGUUUCCAAAAGCAAUGUUGUAUCGGGCUUCACAUAUUCUUGAGUUGGUACAUGGU